AAUCCCGUAUUAAUUGUGUGAAAGAUCGUUGACAAUUGAAAUCUGGCUACCUACCGAAUAGAUCAAACCCGGUUUCUUAACUGAAGAAGCAAGCCAAUGAUCGUUAAAGAGCUGAAAAUGGGAGAAUCUUAUAAGGUAGCGGUCAUCGGUGGUGGCUAUGCAGGCCUUGUUACGGCCAGGGAGCUUCAAAGAGAAGGUCAUCACGUCACUGUCUUUGAAAAGGCCUACAAAGUCGGUGGUACAUGGCUCUAUGAUCCACGGGUGGAGACCGACCCAUUGGGCGUUGACCCGAAUCGGGAAAUUGUUCAUUCUAGCCUUUACAAAUCUCUUCGAGUUAAUCUUCCCAGGCAGAUCAUGGGACUCUUGGACUAUCCAUUUGUGAAGAAAGAAGGCGGUGAUCCGAGGCAUUUUCCGGGUCAUGAAGAGGUGCUCAGAUUUCUUGAGGAUUUUACUCGGGACUUUGGAUUAAUGGAGUUGAUUCGUUUCGAGCAUGAAGUGACUCGGGUGGAGCUAGUUGAUGAGGCGAGUCACGAAUGGGUUGUUGAGUCUCGGACUCGAAAAACAGAGUCAAAAUGGGAAUCGGAAGAGGAAGUGUUUGAGGCUGUAGUUAUUUGCAAUGGUAAGAACACGGAGCCAAACAUCGCAACGUUUUCAGGUUGGGAUACUUGGCCAAGAUUACAGCUGCAUAGCCAUAACUAUCGAACCCCACAACAGUUGGAAAAUAAGAUAGUGGUGAUCAUUGGCAACUCAGCAAGUGCUCUUGACAUUUUGAAAGAGAUCGCCCCUCUUGCAAAGCAAGUACAUCAAGCUGUUAGAGGACCUAAUGUCGAGUUGAAAAAACUGGAAAAUCGUGAUACCGUUUGGAAGCAUCCGAUGAUUGAAUGUGCACAUAAAGAUGGCAAGGUGGUGUUUGAAGAUGGAUCAAUUGUGGAUGCAGAUGUUAUUCUUCAUUGCACUGGGUACAAAUAUCAUUUCCCGUUUCUUAAGUCCAACGGAAUAGUUACUGUGGAGGACAACCGUGUUGGACCACUAUUUCAACAUGUGUUUCCACCAAGCUUAGCCCCUUGGCUUUCUUUUGUGGGAUUACCUUACCAGGCAGCUACGAGUUUAGUGACAGAAUUACAGUCAAAAUGGGUGGCAAAAGUUUUGUCAAGCAAACUAGAGUUGCCUACCCAAGAAGCAAUGAUAUGCUCUGUUGAAGAAUUUUACAAUGAGAUGGAAAAGGACGGAUGGCCCAAACACCAUACUCAUAAUCUUCUGUACAAGGAGCCUCGACAUAUAGGCUGGCUUGUUGCUCAGAUGGACAUAGAGCUACCAAUUUGGUUGAAGAAUACGACGGUUGCAUCCUACUUGAAAGAAUUGUUUUCUUACGGUGACAAAUUUCGAGAUCUAUGGGAUAUUGACAAAUGGAUCCAAGAAAUGGAUUCUCCUAAUUGACUUAAACACACCAUAAAUCAAAUAAAACCAA